CUGACCUCCACUUCUCUUCACUUUGUGCGGACAGGGCGGGCUCGUGUCCUGGUUUUCGGAUUAAACGUGAACGAGUCCAGCUGAAACCCGAAAGACUCAUUUCAGGAAAUGACUGAUUGGAGGUUGAUAUGUGACUUUUGGUUUUGUUCUGCUGGAAAUUGUUAGUCAGGUUUGUGGGCAGAAAUGCAGUCAGAUCGUGUCAGUGAAACUUUAUUAUGUAACCCCAAAGUCUGUCCGCCUGUCCUCUGAAGGUCCGGACAAACCAGAGACGCUCUCGGUCACCGCUUAUAAACUCGUAAAAAAAGGCCCGAGUCUCACGCCUUUAAUGGACAUGAACCGACGUGAAUGUUUGAGCCAGCAGAGCCAGGAUCCAGCUCAGGAUCCAGCUCAGGAUCCAGCUCAGAGCCAGGGGAAACCGGGCCGUCUGUGAGCCAGCUUUGCUCCUCCCCGUCCACAACAACCAUCAGCAGCCAUGAAGGUGAAGGUUUGUGUGGCCAAAGAGGAGGACCGAGCAGAGACUCCGGUGUCCAGCUGUCUGUCUCUGAAUGACGGGUCCAUGUUGGAGCCUUUACAGUUCGGUGCUGAGCCUCCAGCACGCCGAACACUGAGUAAGACGUGUGGUGCUGCUGAGGAGAAGCUGCCGUCCCGUCCAGGCUCCAUCGGGUGUGAAGACCAGUUCUCAGACUGGGACCCACCAGGCUCAUCAGGAGCCCAUCAACACUGUGGUCAGACCAGCACUGAAGAAAUUUUAGAUGAACAUAAGCUCAGUCUGAGGAGGAGAUGUGAACGUGUUGCUGAAGGAAGUGAUGAAACAGGAAGUGGGACCCUCCUCAACACGAUCUACACUGAACUGUACAUCACAGAGGGUCAGAGUGAAGACGUUAAUACCCAACAUGAGGUUUGGCAGCUUGAGACUUCCAAGAUGAAGACCCUCCAUGAGACUUCGAUCAGGUGCCAGGACAUCUUUAAAGCCUCACCUGAGCAGCAGACUCCCAUCAGAGUCGUUCUGACCAACGGCGUCGCUGGUGUUGGAAAAACCUUCUCAGUGCAGAAGUUCGCUCUGGACUGGGCGGAGGGCCUGGAAAACCAGGAUGUCAGUCUGGUGGUUCUGCUGUCGUUCAGGGAGCUGAACUUGAUCAGAGAUGAGCAGCACAGUCUUCUCACGCUGCUCCAUGUUUUCCAUCCAGCAUUACAGAAGCUCACAGCAGAGCAGCUGGCUGUCUGUAAACUUCUGUUCAUCUUUGAUGGCCUGGAUGAAAGCAGACUUUCACUGGAUUUCAAGAACAUUGAGGUUGUGUCUGAUGUCGGACAGAAGUCAUCGGUCAACGUGCUGCUGGCAAACCUCAUCGAGGGGAAUCUGCUUCCCUCGGCCCUCGUCUGGAUAACGUCCAGACCCGCAGCGGCCAAUCAGAUCCCUCCUUCACGUGUUGACAGGGUGACAGAAGUACGAGGUUUCACUGACAAGCAGAAGGAGGAGUACUUCAGGAGGAGGUUCAGUGAUGAAGAUCUGUCCAGCAGAAUCAUCUCACACAUCAAGACAUCCAGGAGCCUCCACAUCAUGUGUCAAAUCCCAGUCUUCUGCUGGAUCACGGCUACAGUUCUGGAGCACAUGUUGACUACAGACCAGAGAGGAGAGCUGCCCAAGACCCUGACUGACAUGUACUCGCACUUCCUGCUGGUCCAGACAAAGAGGAAGAAGCAGAAGUAUGAUGAGGGACAUGAGACGAGCCCACAGGAGCUGAUGGAGGCUGACAGGGAGGUUCUUCUGAAGCUGGGGAGGCUGGCGUUUGAACAUCUGAAGACAGGAAACAUCAUGUUCUACCAAGAAGACCUGGAGCGAUGUGGUCUGGAUGUCACAGAGGCCUUGGUGUACUCAGGAGUUUGUACAGAGAUCUUCAGAAGAGAGCGUGUGAUCUUCCAGAAAACAGUCUACUGCUUUGUUCAUCUGAGCAUUCAGGAGUUUCUGGCUGCAGUCUACAUGUUCCACUGUUACACCAACAAGGAAUACGAGACACUAGAGACAUUUCUUGGGAAAGACUGGGGUAAAUAUCGUACCUGUGACCCACCUCUGGACAUGUUACUGCUUCAAGCUAUGACUGAAUCCCUGCAGAGCAAAAAUGGGCAUCUGGAUCUGUUUGUCCGCUUCCUUCAUGGCCUUUCACUUGAGUCAAAUCGGAUACUCUUAAGAGGCCUUUUAGGUCGGACUGAGAACAGUGCGGAAAGCGUCCACAGGGCAAUACGCAAUCUAAAGCAGAUGAGCACCUACAACACCUCCCCCGACAGAAGCAUCAACAUCUUCCACUGUCUGAUAGAGAUACAUGACCACUCGAUACACCGGGAGAUCCAAAAACACCUGAAGCCAGGUAACAAAUCGGACGUGCAACUCACCGAGAUCCACUGCUCGGCUCUGGCCUUCAUGCUGACCGCAUCAGAGGAGGUCCACGAUGUGCUGGACAUGAAGGCGUACAGGAUGAGCGAGGAGGGACAACUUAGACUGAUCCCGGCUGUCAGGAAUUGCAGACGGGCUUGGCUCUCCAGCGGUCGAUUGUUUGACACUCAGUGUGAAGUCUUGGCCUCAGCUCUGAAGUCCAACCCCUCACAUCUGAGAGAGCUGGACCUGAGUAACAACAAGCUGCAGGAGACAGGAGUGAAGCUGCUGUCUGCUGGACUGGAGAGUGCGCACUGUAGACUGGAGACUCUCAGGUUAAGCGACUGCUGGCUGUCUAAGAUGUGCUGCUCUCUGCUGGCCUCUGCUCUCCAGUCCAGCACCUCCCGUCUGAGAGAGCUGGACCUGAGUAACAACAAACUGCAGGAUUCAGGAGUGGAGCUGCUGUCUGCUGGUCUGAAGAGUCCUCACUGUAGAUUAGAGACUCUCAGUUUGAGGUUCUGCAGCUUGUCAGAGAAGAGCUGCUCUCCUCUCGCCUCAGUUCUGAAGUCCAGCACCUCCCUGCUGAAAGAACUUGACCUGAGUUACAACAAGCUGCAGGAUCCAGGAGUCAAACUGCUGUCUGCUGGACUGGAGAGUCCACAGUGCAGACUGGAGACUCUCAGACUGAGUUUCUGCAGCUUGUCAGAAGACAGUUGUAGCUUUUUAGCUUCAGCUCUGAAGUCCAACCCCUCACAUCUGCGAGAGCUGGACCUGAGAAACAACAACCUGCAGGGUUCAGGACUGAAGCUGCUGUCUGCUGGAGUGGAGAAUCCACACUGUGGUCUGGAGACUGUAAGGGUUUAAUAAACCUUGAAUGCAGCUGAUGGCGUAACCCUGACAAACCCUGCCAACACGGUCCAUGUCCAUGACUUUGUGGUGGUGGCGCGGUUCGACACCUGAUCGUGCUGCACCAAUAGGGUACUCGCUUUAUGCCAACAGAACGACAACAUGGCUGCCUCCAUGGUUUUAUUCAACGUCACUGAUAAAGAGGAAAGCACCCACAAGUCCUCUAAAGUGGACCAGAUGGAUUCCGAACAGUUCUGUAUACGUUGGACUUUUUAUGUCAAGUCAUUUAGAUCAAUAAAAGGCAUUAAUUGUACUCAUAGCAGUGACAAAGACCCUCAGACACUCUGGAUGACGAGGAAUCCGACUUGGCCCCCGAAGUGCGGAGCGGAAAUCAAGCUCUGAAAGACUUUUCGUGGUUCACCUUGCGGCCUAUGAGUUUCUGUUUUCUGUUUCAGCUCAUGCAGAAGUCAUCAAAAGGAAAGCAGUCUCACUAACAGCAUUUCAUCAGCUGAGGCUUUCCAUCAGUUCGCUGACCGAGACUCUUUUGUACCUUCUUCAAAGUAAACAACUGAGUGAGACGCACUGAGUUUGGAAAAGACUGACGAAUGACACGAUUUUCCUCUGGGACUCUGAAAUGUGUGCAUCACAAGCGGAACACUAAGAAGCUGUGCUGUGUCGCUGUACACGGGAGAAAAAUAAAGCUGGUUUCCUUUGAA